AUGGACGGCGCACGAGGAAGCAAUCGCCGCAUCAACAGCUUGCAGGCCCGCGAGCGUCUGCAGCGAAGGGGCUCUUCGACCGCCCGCAACAAACGCCCCGUCCCUGCCCAAGAUGCGUACCUCUACGCCCUGCGCGCCGCAUAUCUCGCAUAUCUCCUCCAGCCGCGCCAGAAACGGGUGCAGCAUGUGCCGGCCGCUCCCAAGGCCGUGCAGCGCUCCUCGACCUCGGUCAAUGAUCUCCUCAAGGACUUCUCGCUGAUUCGCGACUCCAAGAGCACUCGCUUCCCCCAUGGCUUCAUGGGCGAACUGGACAAGCGCAUCACCAAAGUGCUCAUGGGCGUGGAGCGCAUGCCAGAGUACAAGGACGCCACCGUCAAACGCACCUUUGCCGUCUUCCUCAAUGCCUUCAAGGACCCUUCGUUCCGCAAAAACAUGGACAAGGACCGCCGAGUCGAGGAUCUGUUGCUGAUCUUCUACUCCAAUGCCACCAAGGAGCUGCAAAAAGGAAAGCCUCCGGGCGACGACAGCUGGAAGCUCAUGGUCGACCGACAUGUCGCCCUCUUCCUGCGACUCAUCAGCUCGACCCUCAAGGACAAUGACUGGACCAGGGAAAGGCCAGAGCUCACCCAGAGACUGACGACCAUGGAGAAGAAGCUCCUGGUCCACGAUCAGGAUCUCGCCUCGGAGAACCAGCGGAACGGCGGACAAGGCGGCACCACCGUCGAAGUCGAGAUUCCACGCACCUACGAGGUCAAAGAUAUGCCACUAGUUCUCGUGGUAUCGCGCAUCUUCGGCAUUGCCUACUCGGAUGUACAAGCAGACAUCAACCGAUACAAAGCCGUGUGGACAGAGAAGGCAGCUCUGCAGGACCUCAAGACAUAUCAGGCCCACCUCAGCCUGAACAGCCAAAAGACGUUGAACAGCGACGACUUUGACCUCGACGAGGCGUACGAGGCGUGGAAGGACAAGGAGAUUCCUGACCUCUCGCAAAUGAUCCUUGCCAUCCUCCAGUCGAAUCCUGAGCUGGCCAAGAGUUCGCCUGGAGGCUCUGUGCCGCAGUUCAAACCCCAUCCGACGCUAGAUCAUGGAUACGCCGACUCGUCAAGACAGGGCUCACAAUCCUCGGAGGCUGGCUCGCCAUACGUGGUUGAUCAACCGGUGGACAUGAGCCAACUCAACAUUCGUGAUGAUUCGAGUGACGGCACAUCGUACUCGUUCAUCCCAUCAGACCCUCGUGCCUACUAUCGCGCCGUAGUGAAGGAAGCAUUGACAUACGAUCUAGCAGACGCCAGCCAAAACGCAAAUGACGAGACGAGCGAGACACCCUCAACGAAGCUGUUGUCGAAGCAAUCUGUAGAGCUUCUCAAUGAGAUUGCAGUGCGCUGGCGCAUACCUCAUUUCUCUCGUUCUAUCCUCUUCAUGGACGUCAUUCGGGAAAAGUACGUCAAUCAAGAGAUUGAUUUGGAUACUCUGGAUGCCGCCUUCAACUAUGUCAAAGAGCCACCACCACCACCAGAUAAGAAAUCCAACAGAAUGAGUUACAUUCCUGUACAGGACAACCUGUUCGAUCGGACAAAAUGGACAGUGCACGACUAUGCUCUCAAUCAGCAAAUCUUGAUGUCCCUACACGAAACUCUCUUGCGAGAACUCUUUGAGCUGAUGAUGUACGUAUAUGAUGCCAAGCCUCCAUCACUAGGGCCCGUCAUGUACAUCCUAGAGAGCCACAUCUACGAUGACCCAACUUUUCCUGGCACAGAGGAAGACAUGGAUCAAUUCACCGAGCAGCUACGGGUGGCGCUGAGGCAAAAGGCUGGCGACGUAUACCGCGACUUACUUGCGAAGCAUAUUCCUGAUACCAAAGAAGAAUGGGAGUUUUACCACGUCAUCGAGCUGGGACGUGCGGUGGUCAAGCUGUGCGAACGGAUACAAAAGCGAUACCGCAAAAAUCCAGAGAUCAUGGGCGUCAGUCCAAUGAUGUGUCUUGUUGAAGAAAUGUUCCCUGCCUACGCUUCAGAUGCAAGAGACUUGGUCGCUCGCAUCAUGGACGUGGCGCAUAGUAAGAACGAAGAAGUGCCUGUGCAGGACGGAUUCGACCUUUAUAAAGAGCUGGUCGAGAUACGGCGCAUCCACAGCGAUGCACUCCCUAAUAGGAAGUUUGCUUUCAACAUCGAGGGGCUACUGCAAGACUUUGUUUGGAGAUGGAUCGAAAUGACUGACCAGAAUCUGAUUGGCUGGGUAGAGAACGCCUUCAAGGCCGACACAUUUCAAAUCCAGUCGCAGAAUCCCAUACCUACCGAUGAAGAACGACAUAGCGUCUCCGUCGUUGACAUAUUUCGCUCAUUUAAUCAAAGUAUCGAGCAGAUUGUCUCACUGAAUUGGGAUAAUGACCUCCAGUACGCCAAGUUUAUGACAGCAUUAUCCAAGUCGAUUGGUAUUGCGCUGGCGAGAUACUGCGAGCUCGUGGAGCAGAAGUUCGCCAAGGAGAUGGACCGCCUGACACCUGAGCAAGCAGCUGCCAUGCGCCAGACAAGACAAGAGAAGUGGAUAUCCAUGGCAAAAGACAUGUACAACCAAAAGGAAAGGGCGGAGCCUUUUCAAUUCUACCCAGAGUCGCUUGUCAAACUCAACAACAUUGAGUAUGCGAUGCAGCAGCUAGACAAACUGGAGCGUGAGAUUGGCGUAGAUGCUUGUGCGGAAGUAAUUCAUAAGAACACCCCGGCACCGGCACAACGUAGCCGAAACAACAACUUCGUCUUCACGAUUAAGAUCAUUGAAGCUGAAGAUCUCAAGGCUUGUGACAUGAAUGGCCUCAGCGAUCCUUACGUCGUUCUGGGAGACGAGUACCAAAAGCGCCUAGCGAAAACGCGUGUUAUUUAUGGUAGCCUGAACCCGCGGUGGGACGAAACCAUUGACAUCACCACGAACGGCCCGUUGAACAUUGUUGCUACAAUCUGGGAUUGGGACACCCUAGGAGAUCAUGACUGCGUCGGUCGGACCUCGCUCAAAUUAGAUCCAUCACACUUCCGAGACUACAUGCCUCGCGAGUACUGGCUGGAUCUCGACACCCAAGGCCGCCUCCUACUACGAGUUAGUAUGGAAGGUGAGCGAGACGACAUCCAAUUUUACUUCGGCAAAUCGUUCAGAACCCUCAAGAGGACCGAACGAGACAUGACACGCAAGAUCACCGACAAACUCUCCUCCUUCAUCAACGAAACCCUCUCCCGCCGUACCCUCAAAGCCCUGCUCAGCCGCGGCAUGACCGUGGCCUCUGUAACUUCCUACUUUCGCGCCACUCGCCCCCAAUCCGUUGCCCAAGGUCCUACACAAGCCGACAUAACCCAAGCCCUCGGUCCUCUCUUCACCUACUUUGACGAAAACUUUGCCAUCAUGAAGCAAACCCUUACCGACGCUGCUAUGAUUAUGGUUAUGACGCGCCUCUGGAAAGAAGCCCUGGCAACGAUAGAAUCGCUGCUUGUGCCUCCUCUCUCUGACAAAUUGUCCCAGCAACGGCCGCUCACGCAGCAGGAACUAGAUAUCGUCUUCAAGUGGCUGAAGAUGCUAUUCGACUUCUUCCAUGCAGCGGACGAAGAAGGGAAUGUCGAAGGUGUGCCCAUGGACGUCCUCAAAUCACCCAAGUACCACGAGUUGCAAAACCUAAACUUCUUCUACUUUGAAGCUACAGAGGACUUGAUCCGCACGAGCGAAUCCAUGGCUGCAGCCAGCGCACGGCGUCAACAAGAAACUGCACAGCGCCUGAACCGCCAGUCUGCGCCCCCGAACCUCGGACAUUCCUUUGGCGGCGCAGCAGGACUCGUGGGUAUGCCGACGCGCAAACACAAGACUAUCAUGUUGAGUCGCAAUCUGGGCACCAUGCGCAAGGCCAAGGAGGAAAAGAGGAAGGAAGCCCAGGCGGAGCCGAAUGAUGAUAUGAUUCUGAGGAUUCUGAGGAUGAGACCCGAGGCUGAGAGGUACUUGAGAGAUCGUAGUAGGCAAAAGGAACGCCUGGCCGCCGCCCAAGCCGCAGAAAUGAUUGUGCGGCAAAGUCUCAGUUCAGGCGGUGGCGGUCGUAUGACUGGUGGAGUCGGCAUCGCGGGGCCACGACGAUAG